UGGCGGUGGGCUACGGAACAACUCGUCGUUCGACAUGAGUUUGACCGAAAAGAGGCGCCGUUUGAGGCCCAGUAUGUCCCACGGCACGGGACUGGGACUGCAGCGAGGCCAGGAACGCGACUUUGUCCUCUCGACGACGGAGGAGUUCGUUAAAAAAUUCAACGGUACGCGGGUGAUUAACAAGGUUCUGAUUGCAAACAAUGGCAUUGCGGCGGUCAAAUGCAUGCGAUCGAUUCGCCGCUGGUCGUACGAAAUGUUCAAGAACGAGCGUGCCGUACGUUUCGUGGUAAUGGUCACACCGGAAGAUCUGAAGGCGAACGCCGAGUACAUCAAGAUGGCGGAUCACUACGUGCCCGUGCCGGGCGGAUCAAACAACAACAACUACGCCAAUGUGGAGCUGAUCGUGGACAUUGCGCUACGCACACAGGUGCAAGCGGUGUGGGCCGGUUGGGGACAUGCGUCGGAAAAUCCCAAACUACCGGAUCUACUCCACCGGAAGGGUCUGGUGUUCCUGGGUCCUCCCGAGCGCGCUAUGUGGGCACUCGGUGAUAAAGUAGCGUCCUCGAUCGUGGCACAAACGGCCGAAAUUCCAACCCUACCGUGGUCCGGUUCGGAACUGAAAGCUCAGUACAGCGGGAAGAAGAUAAAGAUUUCAAGCGAACUGUUUGCGCGUGGCUGCGUGACCACAUCCGAGCAAGGAUUGACUGUAGCUGGCAAGAUCGGGUUUCCGGUGAUGAUCAAAGCGUCCGAGGGUGGCGGUGGUAAGGGCAUCCGGCGAGUCGAUAGUCCGGAUGAAUUUCCGGCCCUCUUCCGGCAGGUGCAGGCGGAAGUGCCCGGAUCGCCCGUUUUCGUGAUGAAGCUGGCACGUGGCGCUCGUCAUCUGGAAGUCCAACUGCUAGCUGAUCAGUACGGCAAUGCGAUCAGUUUGUUUGGGCGUGAUUGCUCGAUCCAGCGUCGGCAUCAGAAGAUCAUUGAGGAAGCACCCGCCGUCAUCGCUGAUCCGGCGGUGUUUGAGGAUAUGGAGAAGGCUGCGGUGCGGUUGGCUAAAAUGGUCGGUUACGUCAGUGCCGGAACGGUCGAGUACCUGUACGAUUCGGAAGGAAAGUACUUCUUCCUUGAGCUGAAUCCCCGGUUGCAGGUGGAGCACCCGUGUACGGAGAUGGUGGCCGAUGUGAAUCUUCCCGCUUGCCAGCUGCAGAUCGGUAUGGGUAUACCGUUGUACCGCAUCAAGGACAUCCGGUUGCUGUACGGCGAGAACCCGUGGGGUAGCACGGUGAUCGAUUUCGACAACCCAACGCAAAAGCCGCGCCCCUGGGGACACGUUAUUGCGGCGCGUAUCACGUCAGAAAACCCGGACGAAGGUUUCAAACCCAGCUCGGGUACGGUGCAGGAGCUAAACUUCCGCUCGAGCAAGAACGUCUGGGGGUACUUCAGUGUGGCAGCUUCCGGUGGACUGCACGAGUUUGCCGACUCACAAUUCGGGCACUGUUUCUCGUGGGGUGAAAAUCGCCAGCAAGCCCGCGAAAACCUCGUCAUUGCGCUGAAGGAACUCUCGAUUCGGGGUGACUUCCGUACGACCGUGGAGUACCUCAUCACGCUGCUGGAGACGAACAGUUUCCUCGACAACACGAUCGAUACGGCGUGGUUGGAUGCGCUCAUCGCCGAACGGGUGCAAUCGGACAAACCGGACAUCAUUCUGGGUGUGGUGUGCGGAUCGCUGCACAUCGCUGACCGCAAGGUGACGGACGCAUUCGGCAGCUUCAAGAGCUCUAUGGAGAAGGGACAAAUUCAGGCCGCAAACACGCUCACGAACGUCGUCGAUGUUGAGCUCAUUGCGGAGGGCGUACGGUAUAAGGUGCAGGCUGCCAAGAGCGGUCCGAACACGUACUUCCUCGUUAUGAACGGUUCCUUCAAGGAGGUUGAAGUUCACCGGUUAUCCGAUGGUGGCAUGUUGCUCUCCCUCGAAGGCUCGAGCUAUACGACCUAUAUGAAGGAGGAAGUCGAUCGGUACCGAAUCGUGAUCGGUAAUCAGACGUGCGUGUUUGAUAAGGAGAACGAUCCGUCACUGUUGCGAUCUCCAUCGGCCGGUAAGGUGAUCAGCCUGCUCGUGGAGGAUGGAGCUCAUGUAUCAAAGGGCCAGAGUUACGCCGAAAUCGAGGUGAUGAAGAUGGUUAUGACGCUGAAGGCGAACGAAGCCGGUACGGUGACAUUCGUACGACGGCCCGGCGCUGUACUGGACGCUGGUACGUUGAUCGGUCACCUCGAGCUGGAUGAUCCGUCCCUGGUGACGAAAGCACAACCCUACAAAAACCCGUGGCCAACGAUCGAGAACGUACAAAUACCGGAGAAGCUCAACCGUGUGCAUUCGAGCUAUAAGACGAUCCUCGAGAACACUCUGGCCGGGUACUGCCUGCCGGAUCCAUACAACCCACCCCGGCUUCGAGAGAUCAUCGAAAAGUUCAUGCAAAGCUUACGCGAUCCGUCACUGCCGCUGCUGGAGCUGCAAGAGGUGAUCGCUUCCAUCUCGGGUCGCAUUCCGUUGUCCGUUGAGAAGAAGAUCCGCAAGAUGAUGCAGCUGUACGAGCGCAAUAUCACCAGCGUGUUGGCGCAAUUUCCCUCGCAGAUGAUCGCGAGCGUAAUCGAUAGCCAUGCGGCCACGCUGCAGAAGCGUGCCGAUCGGGAUGUGUUUUUCCUAACAACGCAAGGAAUCGUGCAGCUGGUACAGCGGUACCGCAAUGGCAUUCGUGGUCGCAUGAAGGCGGCAGUACACGAGCUGCUUAAGCAGUACUACGCCGUCGAAUCGCAGUUCCAGCACGGUCACUACGAUAAGUGCGUGGCGGCAAUCCGUGAAAAGCACAAGGACGACAUGGACGUGGUAGUUGGGACGAUCUUUUCGCACAGCCAAGUCGCCAAGAAGAACCUGCUCGUGACGCUGCUGAUCGAUCAUCUGUGGGCGAACGAACCGGGUCUGACGGAUGAGUUGGCUGCCACGCUUAGUGAGCUUACGUCUUUGAACAGGGCGGAACAUUCUCGUGUGGCUUUGCGCGCACGCCAGGUGUUGAUUGCGGCCCAUCAACCCGCGUACGAGCUGCGACACAAUCAGAUGGAAUCCAUCUUCCUGUCCGCGGUUGAUAUGUACGGACAUGAUUUCCACCCGGAGAACCUGCAGCGGUUGAUCCAAUCUGAGACGUCCAUCUUCGAUCUGCUGCAUGAUUUCUUCUACCACUCGAACCGUGCCGUUUGUAAUGCGGCAUUGGAGGUUUACGUGCGCCGAGCAUAUACUUCGUACGAACUCACCUGCUUGCAGCAUCUGGAGUUGUCCGGAGAAGUGCCAAUAGUACACUUCCAGUUUUUGUUGCCUACAGCGCACCCGAACCGAUACAACUCGGAAGGUAAUGAUCCUGAUGCGAUACCGGACUCGUUCAUGCGUACCGGUUGUAUGGCUGCGUUCGAUUCGUUCGAGCACUUCAAUCAAUAUUCGGAUGAAAUUUUGGACCUUCUCGAGGACUACGCGUCUCCUGUGUUUGUUAACCCGAAGGUGCUGGAAGCGGUGGACGGAACCGAUUCCGAUCGCAGGAUGAGCACGUCGAUCAAUGUUUCAAUAUCGGAGCAGGUGAACCGUGUAGUGGAAACUGAAGCCGCAGCUCGUAAGUAUCCUAUUCAUAUUUUAAGCAUUGCUGUGCGAGAUAUGGGCGACAUGGAUGAUCAUCAGAUGGAGCACGUGUUUGGAUCGUUCUGUAACCAACAUCGUGAAGAGCUGCUUAGUCGGCGUGUCAGACGAAUUACGUUUGCGGCAUUGAAAAAGCGUCAAUUCCCGAAGUUUUUCACAUACCGUGCGCGUGAUCAAUUUGAAGAAGAUCGCAUCUACCGGCAUUUGGAACCGGCCUGUGCCUUCCAGCUGGAGCUGAACCGUAUGAAAACGUACGACCUCGAGGCGUUGCCAACGGCCAACCAAAAGAUGCACCUCUACCUCGGACGGGCCAAGGUGCCCAAGGGUCAGGAAGUCACGGAUUUCCGCUUCUUCAUUCGCUCGAUCAUUCGCCAUUCCGAUCUGAUCACGAAGGAGGCUUCCUUCGAGUACCUGCAGAACGAAGGCGAACGUGUGCUGCUGGAAGCGAUGGACGAGCUUGAGGUGGCAUUUUCGCACCCGCAAGCCAAGCGUACGGAUUGCAACCAUAUUUUCCUCAAUUUCGUGCCGACGGUCAUCAUGGACCCGGCGAAGAUCGAAGAAUCCGUCACCAAGAUGGUGAUGCGUUACGGGCCACGGCUCUGGAAGCUGCGCGUGUUGCAAGCCGAACUGAAGAUGGUCAUCCGCCAGACACCCCAAUCUCCAACUACCUCGGUACGCUUGUGCAUUGCGAAUGAUUCGGGUUACUUCCUCGACAUCGCCAUGUACACCGAGGUGACCGAUCCUGAAACGCAUGUGAUCAAAUUUCAAGCAUACGGCAACCGGCAGGGACCACUGCACGGACUCCCCAUCUCGUCGCCGUACAUGACCAAAGAUUUCCUGCAGCAAAAGCGCUUCCAGGCGCAGUCAAACGGCACGACGUACGUGUACGACAUCCCGGACAUGUUCCGUCAGAUGACGGAGCGGUUGUGGAAGGAGUUUUCCAAAGCGCGCCCCACCGAGGACAUUCGCAUCCCAGAGAAAAUCCUGCUGGAGUGUAACGAGCUCGUGCUGAACGGGGACAACCUCGAAGAGCUCCAGCGAUUGCCGGGCGAGAACAACGUUGGCAUGGUUGCGUGGCGCAUCGUGCUCGCCACGCCGGAGUUCCCAAGUGGGCGCGAGAUCGUAGUCAUUGCAAACGAUCUUACGUACUUGAUCGGUUCGUUCGGCCCGCAGGAAGAUCUACUCUUCUGCAAGGCGUCCGAAUUGUCGCGCCAGCGCAAAUGUCCCCGGAUCUACAUUUCCGUCAACAGUGGUGCUCGCAUCGGGCUAGCGGAGGAAGUGAAGUCACUGUUCAAGGUUGCCUGGGAAGAUCCCGAAGAGCCAGAGAAGGGCUUCAAAUAUCUGUACCUCACGACGGACGAUUACAGCAAGAUCGCGAACAGCAACUCCGUUCGUGCGAUACUGAUCGAGGACGAAGGUGAACCCCGGUACAAGAUCACCGACAUCAUCGGUGAAACGGACGGGCUGGGUGUGGAGAAUCUCCGCUAUGCCGGUAUGAUCGCGGGAGAAACAUCACGCGCGUACGAGGACGUCGUCACAAUCUCGAUGGUCACGUGCCGCACGAUUGGCAUCGGUUCGUACCUGGUACGACUCGGUCAGCGCGUGAUCCAAAUCGACAAUUCGCACAUCAUCCUGACCGGUUUUGCGGCGCUGAACAAGCUGCUCGGGCGCAAGGUGUACGCCUCGAACAAUCAGCUCGGUGGUAUCCAGAUCAUGUACAACAACGGUGUCACGCACAAAACCGAGGCUUUGGAUCUGGACGGUGUGUACACGAUCCUACACUGGCUGUCGUACAUUCCGAACGCACGCGGUGGCAUUCUACCGAUCGUGUCGCCAAGCGAUCCCAUCGAUCGGAUGAUCGAUUUUACGCCAACCAAAGCACCGUACGAUCCGCGCUGGAUGCUGGCCGGUCGGUUUAAUCCCUCCAAUCAGUCCGACUGGGAAACGGGAUUCUUCGAUCGGGGUACGUUUGAGGAGAUCAUGCAACCAUGGGCACAGACGGUCGUAACCGGUCGCGCCAAGUUGGGCGGUAUUCCGGUUGGUGUGAUUGCGGUUGAAACGCGUACGGUCGAGGUAACCAUACCGGCCGAUCCGGCCAACCUCGACUCGGAGGCGAAGACAUUCCAACAAGCCGGCCAGGUUUGGUUCCCGGAUUCGUCCUUCAAGACGGCACAAGCUAUCAAGGACUUUGGCAGGGAAGAGCUACCGCUGAUCAUUCUUGCCAACUGGCGUGGGUUCUCGGGUGGACAGAAAGACAUGUACGAACAAAUUGUAAAGUUCGGCGCUUACAUCGUCGAUGGCUUGCGAGAGUAUACGCAACCGGUCAUCGUCUACCUUCCACCUAAUGCGGAACUUCGUGGAGGUGCUUGGGCCGUCCUGGAUCCUACCAUCAACCCGCGAUACAUGGAAACGUACGCUGAUCCCGAGUCACGCGCUGGCGUCCUUGAGCCGGAAGGAAUAGUGGAAGUGAAAUACAAGGAGAAGGAUAUUAUCAAAACUGUUCACCGUCUAGACCCGACGGUCUUGAACCUGAAGAAUGAGCUGGCCGCUGCGGGCGAAAACAAGGAGCUCGUUGCAGAGCUGGAAAACAAAAUUAAAGCCCGAACGAAUGCGCUGCUACAAAACUAUCACCCGGUGGCGGUACAUUUUGCCGAUUUGCACGACACCCCCGAGCGCAUGCUGGAGAAGGGUUGCAUUAGCGAGAUCGUGUCGUGGCGCAACUCGCGCGGUUGGAUUUACUGGCGUUUGCGGCGGUUAUUGCUGGAGGAGCACUUCAUCAAGCAGAUUCUCGAGGCCCAGGAGGGUCUGUCGGUGGGUCAGGCAAGAUCCAUGCUGCGCAGAUGGUUCGUCGAAGAUAAGGGUGCCACGGAGGCAUACCUUUGGGAAACAAACGAGUCCGCUGUGGAAUGGUUAGAAAAUCAGAAGCGCAUCGAUUCGACCGUCUCCCGCAAUAUCUACGCCGUUAAGAAGGACGCAAUAAUCUCAAAGAUUCAGCAGUCAUUAAAUGACUGCCCGGAGGCCGCACUUGAUGCAGUGGUUGGCCUCUGCCAGGCGCUGUCGCCAGCUCAGCGUGGUGAGGUAGUCAAAACGCUCGCCCAGCUCGAAUUCACCGACAAGGAGCACACCAGUCUUGGAUGACAGCGUUACGGCUGUACAUAACAGAAACGCUCGAAGCGAAAACGAUAAGCCAAUAGGAUAGCUAACAUCCCAACAAGUUUACUAAUCGAAGCACCAUGCUUUACGUUUAAACAAUUAGAACUCAGAGAAGUAGUUGAUAGUUUGAAGCAGGCCACUGCAGAAUAGCAAUGGCGGGUAGCAGUAGCAAGGAGCGGUAGAUCGUUAGACUAGCCAGAAAUAAACGAAGAAAUCCCAUGCGAACGAGGAAGCUAGCUUGUUCGGGCGAGACACAGACUCGCUUCAUAUUGUCCUCUUCAAACUCAUCCAUAAUCAACGUUCCAGCACCGUCGUUUGCAGUGUUGCAAUUUUGUCUCGGACAUUAUUCUAGCGCCUGAAAGGCAUGUCUAGGGUUGGCUUUUAACAUCGAAAAAGCCGCGUCUUCUCCCGUGUCUGUUGUACACCAGGCGCAUAUUUUGCGAGGACGACGAACAUAAGUUGAAUAAUAUAUAUAUAGACACAUAAAAUAUAGCUCAUGCGACGAUUCAUCCAAUUGCACGAAUGCACGUGCAUUAACAAAUAAAAUUUAUAUUUAAAAUCGUUCACCCAACACACAAAACACAAACAUAUACAAAUGUUCACGUUGGAACUAGGAAUGUCGAAAACGCGAAUUAAAAAUGAAAUUGAAGGAACACAUUUACGCAUGGAAACGUAAGGACCGUCUAAAACGGGCUUCUGGAAAUCCCGUAGGAUUGAUUUUAGACUGUAUUGAGUUUUAAGCACGUUCAUUGUUACAAAGAACGUUUGAAGGUUUAGCUUUUAGGGUUGUUAGUUGUUACGGAUAGGUUUUUUUUUUUGAAUUCAUCUCUUCUCAGCGCAAACGUUCGCUUGAUUCUUGAACAAUUAUUUCUCCCCUUCAAAUACCUGUACUAUGAACUUAGAUCGGAACUCCGUCGUGCUGGUUGACAAGAGAAGAUCACAGAAAUAAGGGGGUUGCUUAGCUGCCGAUUGCGUUGUAAAGAUCUCGGUUUCUGCAACGCACCACAAAAGGCUUCUAAAUAAAGCUUGAAAAGGCU